UCCUUCGCGCCGUGUCCUGAGUCCUUGUUGUGAUUCUCAAAAACGCGUUUAACCCUCGUGCUUUUUGCACGUUCACCAAUUCCCAUAUGUCAAAGUAUCAACAACAAAUUUCCACGUGCAUUGUUUUAUAAUUCAAACUUGUUUUCCUCUUUUUUUCAAAACCAAAAAAGAAAAAAAAAUUUUAAAUCAAAAACAACAUUAAUUUUCCAAAGAAAAAAAAAUUUUUGUUUUUUUUCUCUCAUCUUUAAAUUGCGAAUCCUCGUGCAUGUCACCACCGUAAAUUUCAUCAUUCCCGGAAGUGCCUGAAAGGCGCCUCGACUUUCCGUGAUAUCAAGUGCCAUCAAAUUCAGAAAAGAUCGAAUCUGAAUAGAGCGGUUGGAAUCCACGAGAAAAAUCUCGUGGAAACGAGUGAUCGAGUUGGCAUAACACGUGCAUGCCAUUCACGAGGAUGAGUUUCAAAACUGCAUUUCUCUUAUGUGUUGUGCUUACCCUGGUUCCGGUUCACGGCGGAAAAAAGGUAUCAGAUGAAGAAGAAAGUCCGAAGCUACCAGAAUUCCUCUCGGAAUUGGAUUUGGCUAGCAUAGAAGCUUCGGAAGAAGACAUUAAAGACUUAAAAAAAGUUGUAAAAAGGCUUGCCCCCGAAAAGAAUGGCGAGUACCAAAUAUACCAAGUUUUUUUCGGAAACGAGGAUCUUCUAAAGGAAUGGCUGAAGGGAGCGGGGGUUACGGGUCAACCUGGGGUCGACUUUCCAGUCCUGACAACAAUUCCUACAACGUCUUUCACCUGUCGCGGAGUCAAAGGUGGAUAUUACGCUGAUUUGGAAACUAACUGCCAAGUAUUCCACAUUUGCGACAAUGGACGCAAGAUAUCAUUUUUGUGUCCAAACGGUACAAUAUUCCAGCAAUCGCAAUUAAUUUGCGACUGGUGGUUUAAAGUCGACUGCAGCAGAUCAACGGAACUCUAUGAGCAGAGUGCCGAACUCUUGGCCGAAGAAGAACGAAAGAGGAAUGACGCGAAGAAAAUAAGUUCCGAAUAUCAUCGCACAUCAGAGGAGGAAAAUGGACAAAACAAUUUCCAAUACGUGGACUACGAUGGACGGCAAAACGGUCGAUCGAAUCCAUUCAGUCAAACAGCAAAUCAAAAUCAAAUUCAAGACAAUCAAAAUAACAAGAAUCAACCCUACAGACAGAAUCUCGACUACAAUAAAGGCUCAAGUCGGCAAAAUCAAUUUGCCCAGGACUAUAAACCAAAAGACCUACAAGAUUUAAGUGAGGGAAAUACAAAUUUCAAUCAACAAAAACAAUCGACAGUUUUUCCAAAUAAUCAUCAGUCACGACACAGACAACAAAAUCAGUUAACAGAUGAUCGAAAGGAAAAAUCGAAACAAUAUAAUGACUACGAUAAUCGUGGCGGGAGAAAAUAUCAACUCUCCGAUCAAGGUCAAGGUAAAACAGAGAAACAAGUUUCUAGAAACUCGAAAUCUAAAUCAUUCACCGACACUAAUUACAAUGGAAUAACCCAAAAAGCAACUCCUUCCUAUACGGAAACUACAACCUUCAGAACAACUUCUCCGAAUCCCAUCAGAGAAUAUCAACAAAUGGCCGAGAGUGCAGCAUUUGUCAACAAUCGUGGAAAUCGAUUUAACAAAGUUUACAGUACAAGUCAGUACAAUAACUAUCAGAAUAAUCGUGCAACAUCUUCGGAUACACAAAAAUCUACAACUCCAAACGAGAAUAAUUCUCCAACAACUACAAAGCCAAAAGUUGGUAGUAUACCUCCAUUCCCGGGACCCACAUUCACACCCAUCUUCAAACCGCGACUAACUUCCUCUGAUAAACGAGGACCAACAACAACACCUCGAUCUCAAACCACAACUGACGGUUUUGCUUAUAAUAACAAAAAUGCUCAGAACUACAAACAAAUUGCAAAUGAUGAUCGAUACAGAACUUCAACUCAAAAAACAUACGUCAACACUGAUUACUACAAACAGAAUCCAACAACAGUUGUUCCAACCACAAUUUACGAUUCUACAUAUUCUAAUUAUUAUGAUAAUCCUACUACCGGCAAUUAUCAGGAGGAAUUCACUACUUUGAGACCAGUUGAAAAUUAUCGUCAAAAUUCAGCUACUGCAACUGGUACUUACCAGAAUUCCGCAACUGGUACUUAUCAAACCUCCGGAACCGGUACUCAUCAAAACUCCGGAACUGGUACUUAUCAAAAUUCCGCAACUGGUACUUAUCAAAAUAAUUACAAAUCCGAAGCGUAUCAAAAUUCUCCAACCGGAACUAAUCAGGCCACUGAAGCAUACCGUCAAAAUUCCUCGGGAAUCACUUACGUUGACAAUACAGUGACACCUUCAGCAACUGUAUUAAAUAAGCAACCGCAAGGUUUCGAGAUCUCUAAAAAUUACCAAAAUGGAGAACGAAAUGACAUUCAGUAUUCAACAAAGAAUCCAUCGAGAUCAUCGCAAAUUUAUCAGCUCAAUUCUAUCGUGAAUGCAGCGACGGAAAAAUCGUUUAAUGAAAAUUCCGUAACUAAUAAACCGGAUUUGAGUUUAUCGAAUCGUCAAGGUAAGGCCUCAACGUCUCGGCCUUAUGUACCAUUUACAAAGAAUUAUGCUUACACGACUGUCGCAAGUGCAACAACUCAAAAACCAACUAUUUAUACUGCAACAGUUCCACCUAAUAAUCGUGGUAGUUUUAACGAUCUUGUUCCCAAUUCUAAAUCCAAUUCGGCUUCAUUCUCGCCGAGCAGAUCAGGAACCGGAGCCACUUAUUUACCGAAACAAACAACGUCUGUUACGAGUAAACCCAUUUUGGAUGAUAGACCGAAAAAUGAGAAAGAACAUGUUCUUAACAUGAUACAAUCACUGCAAGGUUUGGAGGGAACCAAUUCUGAUAUUCCUAACGGAAACCGAAGUGGAUUGAAUAUUCCGAGUUCUUCCGGACCUUCAACUUUACAUUCCCUUGCUUUGUACUUUGCCACAGCGGCUGAUAAUUCAGGAUUGGCUAAUAUCACCGAAUCUUCUCAAAAUCUUGAAUACAAAACCGAAGUUGCAACGAAAAAUGGAAAUAAAUCGGUAGAACUGCCUACUAGUAUUCUAACUCAACAUACCAUUAAUUCCUACAUUGAUUUAUUCAAUCUUAACAACGCUUUAGAAAAUAAUACCGCCAUUCUACUAGAAGACACAAGUGGUGAACUAAAUUCGAGCAACGAUUUUGAAGAUGAUCUUGAUAUUCAACAAAGUGAAGGUCCUUUGAACGCUGCCAAGAAGUCAAACAGCACCAAACUUCGAGAGUUGGCACAAGUCUUUACUCACGCCUUAUCGGCUUAUCUUCAAGAUCCCGAGACAUUCAAGAAAGUUCUCACGGAAAUAAGACCCACAGAACCUUCAUUAUCAACUGAGGAUGAAAAUGCCGAGAAUACAUUAUCACCCACAACCACCGAGGAAUAUCCAUCAGUCACUAAAGAAAAGGACGAGGUUCUCGAUUUCUCCGACGACAGUAACACUGCCAGAAGAAGAAGACCGACAACACCUUAUCCAAAUCAACCAACAAAUUAUAUUGCUGAAAGUAAUCAAGAAGGAUCCACCGAUUACUACACAACAUCCGUGACUUCUUCAAAUUCACAGUAUUCAACCACUCAACUACCAGACGUCAAUAAUCGAGCCGGAAAUGACAAUUUUGCCUAUCAAGUAAACAGUGUUUUGCAAGAAAAUAGAAACUCCAUAAUUCCCAGCAAUUCAUUGAACGAUUACGAAAAUUACUUUCCAGAAACAAACAAAGCUAGUUAUCAAAACAAUACCCGAGAACCUUAUGGAAAAAAUUUAAAACCAUUCGACGCAAUUCCAAUCACAAACUACGUUCCCACAACAACGCCUUCUUCAUUCUUUCAAACUGAGGAGCAACGAGGAUUCUAUGAUCAAAAUCGUCCUGAACAAGAACUAACACCGCCCGCGCUCCCCACUUCCCAGAGUCCAUACCAAAAUAAAAAUUCAAACUACAGAACAGAAAAUCAAAGGGAAAAUUCAAUCCCCUCGACUACUGAACCAUUCAGAAUUCGCUACUACGACACACCGAAUUUAAAAAAUCACGAGACUUUGGUAACAGCAACGAAUGUGCACUCCAGUUAUAGAAACGAACUAGACAAUAGACUACGAGCAACUGGAAGAUCAAAUAGUGUUUUCAACACAAAGGAUACAAGGCCUUAUACAACAACGACCUCACCAGUUGAGACACCCAACGAUCACUGGACCUCAUCACCGGAAGUAACUCGCUUAUGGGAAACAACAGUAUUCCUCGAUCCUCAGCGAAUUAAUCACGACUUGAUACACGAUCAAUUAUCGACUUCCGGUCCAAGAUUAGCCGAUCCCACACAAUUCAAUACAAACCCAAGUCAAGAACUUCUCGCAACGGAUGCAUCAAACAGUGUCACCCCUCAAAACUUCAUCACUGAUUCAUCAACCCCAUGGCAAUGGUCACCAAACGACAACGAUUCCCCAACAACAUUCACCUUACUACCAUCAGCCUAUUCAACCGAAAAUACAGCAACACCAAAUCCAAUCUACACAACCAUCACCAGUGUAACGUCAUCAGUAACCUCCACCAAUCCAGGCACACAAGAAACACACAUUCCCAACUCCAGAAUCAGUGAUUCAGUGAUUAACAUUACCGAGAAUGAAAUCGAAAAGGCGCAGGAAAUGUUCGGUAAACUAAACUCCUCAAGUUCAAAUACCCUAAUGAAAGUAAUGAAACAAGCUGAUAAUAAUGCAACCGUAAGACAACUUGUUUUAUUACUAAUCAGUCAUUGUAAUGGACCAAUGAAUAAAACAAUGGAAGAGGAGAAGGAACAUUUAUUGAAUGCACUGUUAAAAUUACCAGUCAAUGAAUUUACAUCGGAGGAAUCGCGUGAAAUUAUUGCCGGUAUUGGCAGAUUAAAUUUACCACUUGGAAAUAAUGAUGAUAAUUUAAAAUCAGAUAAAUCGAGAGUUAUUCAAACUUUUAUUGCCGUCACGGAACCAUCGAUAACAACAUUUAGAAAUCGACAGGGGAGAAAAUUUAAAUCAACAACACCUGUUCCUGAUACGGAAUAUCAUUCGUCAUCGAAUCCAGCGAUUGCUGAGUCUAGAAGUGCUUUAGUUGAAGAUGAGACAUCGCUUUCGGACAGUAGAGCACUAGAAUUACUCAGAUCGCUGUACAGUAUAGCUGCUAAAUGGGGUUGAAAGAUCAAUUACUGAUUUGGUCUUUGACCAGUGUCUGCCAUAACUUUGGAUUUUGUUCCUCAGGACUGAUGACAGUUUAUGUACUUGAUUCGGAAAAGAAUUAAUUAAAUGAUUUACUGCGUAAACAAUUGUGAAUAGAUUAAUCGCUAAAUUACACUGCGACAAAUGAAAAAUAACUCAAAGAAAUAACCAAUCGCCGAUAAUUGAUUAAUUAUGUUUGAUAUUUAUUUAUUUGAUCAAAAUAUUCUCAAAUCAAAAUUAGCGAUAAUUUGAUAACUUAUUAGAUUUUUUUAUUUUAUUCAAGAAAUAUAAAAUACUCAUUAACCCAAAUAAACUUUCCUCGAACCAAAGAAGCUUUUUUAACAAAUAAAAACGGAUAAUAAAAUUUCGAAUCGAAGAUUGAUUUAAGAUUUAUGAAAUUCUGUCAAGAUAUACGACAAUGACAACUAAAUGUUUAAUAUUUAUGCAAACCAAACUUUUUGUACUUGCUCCAACGAAAUUUUGUUUUACGUUAAAUAUAUUUUAACUAACUUAGUAACUACUUUACCUAAAGUAAAAAAUUGGCUAAUAUUUUUAGAUUUUAUUGACAAAAUUUGGUAAAACAAAUUUAUUCUCAUUACACCAAAAAAUUUGGUUUACACAAAAAUCAAACAAACAUUUUUCUGUCAAACUAUUCUUCAUUAGUGUAAAAUUUAUAUUUUUUCUAGAAGUAAGAAAAACAUUUGUAAUUUUAUAAAAAUAUUUUUUGAAAUAGUGACCGAAAGAUAUAUAGAAUCUAAUGGAAUUAAAUUACAAAUUAUAAUUAGAUAAAAUUAAUUAUAAAAAGUAAUAUAAAAAUAUAAAGAAUUCCAAAGUUUUUCUAAUUUAGGUUUUAGCGAUUAGUCAUUAAAAGAAAAAUUAACAAAACUUAGAAAUAUUACUAAAAAGAACUUUCAUUUAUUAUUAUAUUCUUUUCCUGAAUCAAAUGUGCGUCACGCAGACACUAUGUACGACUUUUGCGCCUUAAUUCUAUAAGAAUCAAAUGCUGGCCAGAAAAUAAAAAACGUUUAAUAUUGUUAAGAAAUAAAUAAAUAAAUCUUCGACGUCAGAUUCUAAAAUGAGAAUCAAACUGUCUGUACCAUAAUGUGCUAAGUACACUUGAACGCAAGAAAAUCGUCAUAAUAUUUAUAAAUGUAUAUGUAUGUUGAUUCGUUAGUACUUCAAAAAAAAAAAAAUAAUUAUUAAGUUUUAAUGGAUGGGACCCGGUUUUUGGUGGGAUUCAAAAUUUCUCUAGUGUGUUAAUGAGCGAUUGUUAUUACCUCUUUUAUAAUAAAUAAGACAGGUGCGUUACCACAGAAAUAGUAUUCUUUAGGUUCAAUUGUAAACAAUUUUAAUACCUGUUUUAGUUAUUUUUUUUCAACACGUGUAUAAGAUGGCUUUUCAAAAUUGUUUAAUUACUUUAUUUUUAUAAAAAAAGAGUUUUUAAUUUUAAAAAAAAAUUUAAUUUUAAAUUUAAAUAAAAAGGAAAUCUUUUAUAUUUAAAUUUUACUAAUUAUUUAAGACAAUAAAGCAAAAAAUUCUAUUUAGUUUUAUCGCUUCUUUAAUGAUCAGUUUAAUUAUAAAAAUUAAUAAUGCAUACGAUUAUACGAAUUAACAUAAUACAGUCAUUCGAAUGUCAUCCCCAGAAAAAUAAAAUAUAAUGAAAGCAAUAAACUUUAUUUUAAGAUUUUCGUCUACCUAUAUUGUUCUCUUUAAUAAAAUAUACAGCGUCCAUAAUUAAAAAUUGUUAAAAACAUCUGUUUUCAUCUGGUAUUUCAGUAUAGACUCAACAGUUUAGUUUAAAGUAAAAAAAAACCGAGUACAGUGUUUUUUUCUUCAAAAUAUUUAUAGAAAUAAAUUUUAAUAUCUAUACCGAAAAAAGAAAGAAUAAGUUUAAAUUAGAAAAAGUCAUCUGCGAAUAAACACGUUAGCAUUUUGGAAUUGAAUGAAUGUGAUAGGAAAUAGUUAUAAACAGAUUUUAUGUAAAAUAUCUUUGUACAGAAUGUGAAUAAAUAAAUAA